CUCCCCCAUAUUGGAAUCCUAUCUUGGUCCCAGUCAUUCCAAAAGCCUUCCCGGAUUCUUGUGGGCCUCCCGUGUUUUGAUCUAUCUGUGAAGAUUUCCUCCCAAAAAGCUCUCCAGGAAAAUGCCAACAGGAAGAAGGUGCUCCCGGAAGGAACCCAAGGAUUCUUAUUCCGGGAUCAGAAAACCCGUUCCCCGGAGGGAGACCCGGAGUUCCACGGCUGCGGCAGCGCGAUCCCGGACCGCGGCGGCCAGGCCAACGGAAAGGAGAGCUCCGCAUACCCCGCCGGAGACUCCGAGGGCUACUCCCCCCCCUCCCUAUACCCAGCACCAACAGCAACAACAGCACUACCAAGUGCCACCCUCAAGCACCGCUUCCAACAAUACCAGAUGUUCGGAUACCAUCAAUUCUUCAUACACCACGUCCAUCCCGCCGUCCUCAGGCCCGGCCAUCAAAACGGAGGAGGGAGCGGAGGCGGAGGGGACCCGCGCCCAAAACAGUGCGCAAACCGAGGAACGGCAGCCAACAGUGAACUGGGACUGUGUGUCGUAUGUAGUUUCAGACCAAAAGGUGCACACCUCCUACGAGAAGCCCGAGAUGGCGCCCCCGGCCGUGGACACGCGCACGGGGAAGACCACGAACCGCGUGGCAUCGUAUGGAAAGAUGGUCACGAAGACAGUGACAAUGACCGUCACAACCACCAUCGCCACCACCGAGAUACUGCGCCCGGGCGAGCCGGGGUAUCAGGAGUCCCUGGAGCGGCAGAAGCGCCAGCAGAACCAGACGCCCGCAGAGCGGGAGAGGCAACAGCGCGAGUAUCACCAAAGUCGCCAAUGGGCCAGCGGGGACAGAACGCUCCACGAGAAUUUUCAUUGCAAACAUCACCAAUCCGCCCGGCCCGCGCGAGCAAAUGUGUAGAUAUAGCUCGAAUUUUCGCGUUUUCUUCUACGUGCUCUGAGUCUUGUUCUAUUUCUUCUUGUUUUGGGUCGUCUUCUUCUACGUUCUCUCAUUCUUCAUCAUACUCCCGGUUUUUUGGGUUCAGAGGCGACUUGGGCUCUAGCAAGAGCGAUAUCAGGCGGAGGAGGAGGAGGGGGAGGAGGAAGGUUCUCCGGAGGGUAUCCGAAUUUGUGGAUUGCGUUCUUCCACGGCUCACCUGGAACCCACCAUUGGAUUUGCAGGAUUACUCCGGUCUACCGUUGGGUCUUAGUAGGGUGGCUACACUCUAUAAUCCACAUUCAAGGCUCUUGGAGAGGCCCAUAGGGAGGACCACUACCAGCGCCCUUGCCCGGAGUAGUAGGCUUCUGUUUCCCCAGGACGAGGAGGAGGCUGCUUUGCCAGUAGCACUACCGGCACCACCACCGGGACCCUUGGAUGGCUAUCUCUUUCCUUACACCAUUAAUAUUUCCCUUAUUCCUGUUUCUGCGCUCGUUCAAUUUUUCCUUUCUUUUGUUUUUCACUUGGAGGGAGGAGUGAAAGGAGUUUUGUUUGGAGGUGGGCUUAAUGGGGCGGAGGAGGAGAGGAUGAGGCUGAUUACUCAAUCAAAAUUUGUUUUUCUUUUUAAUACUGAAACUACCAAUCGCUCUGAUCAUAUUGCUGUUACACCCAGAAAGCAAAUUAACAACAAAAGGGAUGAGGAUCAGGAGAGCGGGAGGGAAGGAGAAACUUCUGCCCGCUCAGUUAUACAGUCUGUUACAUCUCGUACACAUUUAGGGCUGGCGAGCCCCCCCCCCCCGUACACAGACAGAAGCUGCAUGCGUCCACCCAUGGGCAAACGGGACGCCUAGAAAAAAACAUAGAAAGAAAGGAAAAGCAAGAAAGGGAAAAAGAAAAAAAAGGAAAAAAAAAUAAUAAUAAUCAGAGGCAUAAUAUAGAUUAAGAGGAGAGAAAAAGAAAGAAAGAAAAAAUAUUCCCAAAAACCCUCCGCAAGCAGAAGCGCAUUACUCAAGUAUUCUCGAACCUGUCUGUGCCGCGAUUCCUGAAAUAAGUGGAUGCUGCCUGCUCAUGCUACAUAACCUCCCCCGAAGUGCGCCCUUGUGCGACCCCGCAAAGUUAAUGCUCCAUUUACCCGCCUCAUUUCGCUCAGUAACUGCGAGGGGACAUCUCACCCUAUUACUGUACCAUCUCGGGAUUCGCCAGGCACAAUGGGAUAAGCAGCUGCAAUGGAAU